AGGGUGUUCGAGUUCAAACCGAAGUGUAAAACACAGAGAAGGCUUUCUCUCGCCAGCUGUUACAUUUGCAGCAGAAAGGCCUUCUCUCCCUCUUCUCCACCCAAACCUACUUCCUUCUUUCUCGUUUUUUCCUCCAUUGACGACUUUCUCCAAAUCUUCCUGUAGAACGGCUCUGAUUUGCUGAUUUCGCUCUCGAUCUGGACGCGGGAGGUGCAGUUUCAGGGGUUUGAUCAGAAAUUCGACUCGUUGGAGUUUCUGCAUCUCGGACGAUCGAAGGCGUCGAAAAACCUGUAAGUUUCUCUGAUCUCCAGAGAUCCAGUUUGUUUUUCUCUUAUUUUGCUUGGUACUGGACCAUUUUGAACCUGCGAUCACUGGAGAGAGAGUAAAAUCACAACGCAAUAGAGUAAUUGUGUCUAGUAUCUGUGAUCUUUUGUUUGUUUGAACCAUUCGGUCCAAUGACGGCGGAGACGGACGAGCGCACUGGAGCUUGUCAGGUUUCUAAGGUUGAAAUUGAGGAAAGUGUCUCUUCCAAUUUGAGUUCCCACGAACACCGGAGGAAGGUCGGCGGUGAAUACAAUGGCAUUGUGCAUGAUGGCGUGGAGGAGAUUGAUGGUGAUGUGAAGGACGACGGAGACGGUUCUUAUGUUUUCGUCGAUGGGCCAGAUGCGGUCUCCGACGAACUCGAACAAAAGGAUCUCGUUGCGGAGCCUGUGGCAGAUCCUGCUAAAACUGUCAAGAUAGUGCUCGCCGUUGAGGGAGAAACCGUCUUCGAAUCAAAUGUUGGUUUUGACAGUGGGGAGAAACAGCUCGAAGUCGGGGAAUUGAAGAUUGAGAAUGUAAGCUACGAUCAAUCUCUCAUAGAGAAGAAUUGCAAUAAUGACGGGAGUGUAGUUUCCUCCUCAACUAAUGGUACCGCUGUAGAGAAUUCGGCUUCCCAGCCAGAAGGAAGCGAAUUGGAAAAGAAGGAUACGGAUAAUGAACAAAACAAAGCAGUUGUAGCUUCGGAUGUAGAGGGUAGUCAGGAAUCUGUUUUCACGACCACAGAGACUGUUGAAUCCAAAUUGCCUCAGCUUGAUCGUGAUGAGGUGGAGAAGCAAAAUGAGACAGUUCCUUUGGCAGAGAUAGACUCUGGUGAGGGGGAAGAGAAUAAGGAGUCUAUUACUGUUAAGGAUGAUGUUGAAUGUGAAUUACAACAGCUUGAUGAUGAAGAGAAGGUCGAGGAGGUUGCCGGCGUGGAGAAGAAUGAAGAGAAAUGUACCUUAGAUUCAGCUACAGAGGUGGAAGAAAACCAACUGGAAGGAAGCCGAAUGGAAAAGAAUGGCAUGGAUAUUGAACAAAACAAAGCAGUUUUAGCGCCGGAUGUAAAGGGUAGUCAGGAAUCUAUAUUCACGACCAUAGAGGCUGUUGAAUCCAAAUUGCCUCAGCUUGAUCGUUGUGAGGUGGAGAAGCAAAAUGGGACAGUUCCUUUGGCAGAGGUAGAAUCUGGUGAGGGGGAAGAGAAUAAGGAGUCUAUUACUGUUAAGGAUGAUGUUGAAUGUGAAUUACAACAGCUUGAUAAUGAAGAGAAGGUCGAGGAGGUUGACGGCAUGGAGAAGAAUGAAGAGAAAUGUACCUUAGAUUCAGCUACAGAGGUAGAAGAAAACCAACCGGAAGGAAGCGAAAUGGAAAAGAAUGAUGUGGAUAUUGAACAAAACAAAGCAGUUUUAGCUCCGGAUGUAAAGGGUAGUCAGGAAUCUAUAUUCACGACCACAGAGGUUGUUGAAUCCAAAUUGCAUCAGCUUGAUCGUUAUGAGGUGGAGAAGCAAAAUGGGACAGUUCCUUUGACAGACGUAGAAUCUGGUGAGGGGGAAGAGAAUAAGGAGUCUACUACUGUUAAGGAUGCUGUUGAAUGUGAAUUACAACAGCUUGAUAAUGAAGAGAAGGUCGAGGCGGUUGACGGUGUGGAGAAGAAUGAAGAGCAAUGUAAAUUAGACUCAGCUACAGAGGUAGAAGAAAACCAACAGGAAGGAAGCGGAAUGGAAAAGAAUGAUUCGGUUGAACAAAACAUAGCAGUUGUGGCACCGGAUGUAGUAGGUAAUCAGGAAUCUAUAUUCACAACCACAGAGGCUGUUGAAUCCAAAUUGCCUCAGCUUGAUUGUGAUGAGGUGGAGAAGCAAAAUGGGACUGUUCCUUUGGCAGAGGUAGAAUCUGGUGAGGCGGAAGAGAAUAAGGAGUCAAUUACUGUCAAUGAUGCUGUUGCAUGUGAAUUACAACAGCUUGAUAAUGACGAAAAGGUUGAGGUGGUUGACAGUGUAGAGAAGAAUGAGGAGCAAUGUAAAUUAGAUUCAGCUACAGAGGUAAAAGAAAACCAGGAAUCUGAAAUGAUGGUUGAGGACGCUGCUGAAUCUCAGGCACAUCAGCUCCACGAUGGGAAAGAGAAAGCCGAGGAGCCAAGGAAAUUGGACUUGGCUACAGAAGAAGAAUAUCAAGAAUCUCGAGUCACAGAUACAAAGGAUAUUGAGUUAGAGUUUGGUCAGCUUGACAAUAGGGAGGCAAAGGACCCAGAAGUAAUUGAUGAGAUUCCUGUGAACAAUCUUUCAAUUGCCAUCGGGUUGGAAGCAGCAACAGGUCCUAUAAAUACACAGUUAGAAGGAGAAGCUCUUAGUGGUUCCAUUGAAAGUGGAGAGAGCUUGCCCGAUGGCCCAGCUGCUUCAGAAAUUGAAGUUAUUAAUGAUUUGGCUGUAUGCAAUCGAAACAUGACAUGUUCUGCACAUAUUGAACCAAAAUCCAAGAAUGUAGAUGGUUCCGCCAAAAAUCUUGAAAGCUUUCCUCACUUGGUUGAUGAAGUGGAACAAGAAACUGAAGUCGAAAACAUGUCUGUUGAAAAUGGUGAAAGCUUGCCUACAGACCCUGUAGAUAAUACGAUAUCAGAAGCUGAAGUUAGAAAUCCUUGUGUUGAAAUCAGUGAAAGCUUACCUGUUGAAGGUGCCAAGUUGGAAACUGUAGAUGCAAAUGGCUCCACUGAUGUAGUUGAAAGCAGACCUACUUGCAUAGCUGGUGAUGGGAAGUCAGAAACUGAUAUUAUCAAUGGUUCGGUUGAGGGUGACAUUUCUAUACCUAGUCUUGCUGAGAAUUUGGAGAUGAAACCAGAAGUUAUGAAUGGUUUUGCUGAAAGUGUCAGAAGCUUGCCUAGUUGCUCCGUUGAUGAUGCUGAGAUAGAAUCUGAAGUUUUGAAUUGUUCUGUUGACAAUGGGAUUAGCUUGCCUACUUGUCAUGUUGCUGAUGUGGAACUAAUAUCUGAAGCUGGAAAUGGAUCUGGUGCAAGUGCCAAUGCGCCUUCUGCAGAUUCUUUCAACUUAGGAGCCAUUGUUCAAGAUGGCUCUGUUGAAAAUGGUGAGGCCGCAGCUCACAGUGUCAAUGAUUGUGAAAAUGAAGGAACGCAGUCCACUAGUGAAGAUAGUGAUGGUAAACCAAUCUGUCAAGAAGUUGAUACUGAAAGGAUUCAGAGGGAUGAGGGCCCAAAAUCUUCCCCCAAGGGUUCCAGUGCUGAUGCUGUGGAUGAACAGAAGGUGGAUACAGAGGUGGUGAAAAAGCCAUUCAAUUUCUUGAUAAAAAUGCCAAGAUUUGUUGACGAUAAGCUUAGAGAACAGAUUGGACUUGCUCAGCUACAGGUUGAGGAGAAGACUCAAAGCAGGGAUGCUAUAAGAGCUACAAUUCAAACGGCAAGGGCAACUUGUAACGAGUACCGGGAUAAAUUUGAGGCUGCCAAGUCAGAAGAAAGAAUUGCUCGUGAUGCUCUCAAUGUCAAACGUCAGGAAAUAGACUCUGUUCAAUCAGCAAUUUCCAUUGAUGAUAUUGAUGAGAGGAUACAUAACAUGGAACAUAUGAUACAACAUGAAACUAUGCCGUUGAAAGAAGAAAAACAACUCAUACGUGAAAUCAAGCAAUUGAAAAAUCUUCGGGAGCAACUAUCUUCUCAUAUGGGUAGACAGGAUGAACGUCAGCAGGCAUCAGACCAAAGAUACAGAAUAGAAGAGCGUUUUAAGCUUCUGAAACAGGAGUUAGAGUCCCUGAGAAAAAAGGUUUCUCAAACUGAAGGGGUAACAAAGGUUGCGAGGGCAAAAUAUUUUGAUGAAAAUGAAAAGCUAAGAAAAUUGCAAUCACAGUUUAGAGCUGCAGAUGAUCUUCGUCAAGAGGCAUAUGCACAUCUUCAGAAUCUCCGAAAAGAAUUGUAUGAGAAGAGCAAAUAUUUUCGAAUGUACAAGGAUGAACUGAGGGCUGCCAAUGAUUAUGCAUCUGCUGGAGAUAGGGAGGCUCUCCAACUUCUAUGUGUUAACCAGGUGGAGAGAGUAAUGGAGCUAUGGAACAAGAAUGAUGAGUUCCGAAAAGAAUACAUCAGAUGCAACACAAUGAGUACAUUAAGGAGGUUGAGGACAUUAGAUGGUAGAUCACUUGGCCCUGAUGAGGAGCCUCCUGUCAUACACACUGUUUUGGAUGAAAGAGUUGAUUCUGCUCUUGUAACCUCAUCCCAUAUAGAUUCUGCAUUGGUCGUUUCACCUUCAGAACCAGAAAAUUCAGUUGUACCCCCAGCAGCUGAAAAGGGAGAAGUCAAGUCUGUGGUGAAGGUGCAACAGGAGAAUGCAACUGCUAAGCCGAAGAAGGCCUCUAAACCAACUGCUUUGGAAAAUGGCUUGGCGACUUUUUCUGGCAGGGAGGAGAAAGAGGUGGAAGAAGAGAAUAAGAAAACGAAAGAGGAAGAGGAGUUGGCGAGGAAAACCGAGGAGUUGAGAAGGGAAGAAGCUGCUGCCAGACUUAAGGAACAACUUCGUCUGGAGGAGAAGGUCAAAGCCAAGGAGGCAGAGGAGAGGAAGAGGCGCAAUGCAGAGAAGGCCCAGGCAAGGGCUGAAUUGAGAGCACAGAGGGAAGCUGAGCUCAAAGAGAAGGAAAGAGAGAAGAGGGCAAAGAAGAAGGAAAAGAAGAAGGUAGCUGUAGCUGAGGGAGCUAAUGUUGGCACUGAAGGAGAAUCUGCUCCAAGCACUGAGAACACACCAUCUGAAACUACUGCCUGUGAACCCGAAAUCAAGGAGAAGACCAUGUCAGUGGUGAAGAGGUCUCAGAAACCGUCACUGCUAGCCAAGCAGACUAAGACAAAGCCUCUCCCCCCACCUCUUCGCAACAAGGGUAAGCGAAGAAUGCAAACAUGGAUGUGGUUUCUAAUUCUAACCCUGGUUGUUCUUGCCUUGUUCUUCUUAGGAAGUGUUGGCGUUUCUUUUAAAUUUGGCCUGCCAAGUUUUGGCUUUUAAACUAUAUCAGCUUAUAAAGUAUGCAUUAUAUACAGUAUUGGUUUUGGUUUACCCAUAGAAACGUAGGCCAUUCUUUUCUGCACUAGAAGUGUCUAGUCUUCUCCCCCCUCCCCCUCCCCAAAAUCUAUAGUCAGUUGUUACAAAGACCCCCCACCCUUUUUUUAUACAUAUACUCUGGGGAGAUUGGUUUUCUGUUAUUGCUAUCAACAACAAUAAUUGGUUUCAGGUGUUGUUUUCGUGCAAUAUAAUGAAAUAAGAAGAAUGAUUUGUUA